AUGGCUGGGCUGGUGCCUCUUUUUCUCUGGAUAUUUGUCAUUUGGCAGAACUACGGCGAGGCUCGAACUAUUCUCAAAACUGCAAGAGGUACUAGGAGCAGGAAAAACAGAGUCAUUACACCGACUGACUUCUUUGAAGCUUGUUUGAAAAACCCUGAAUUGAAGAUUAUGUCAGCAGCAAAUUUGGCAUUUCGACGUCUACCAGGUUAG